UAACCGAUUAUAGCUGCCAGCAUUUAUUGUAUUCACAUCAUAAAUUACAGGUUUUUUGGUAUCUGAUUUUUUCCAAAUUAUUUUCGUCAAAAAUAUAAGAUUAAAAAAAGGAAAAGAUGAGAUCAUCGUCAUCUGGAAAGCAUAAGCACAAAAAGGAAAAGAAACAUAAGCGUCAUCGUUCAAGGUCGCCACGUUCUACUGAAUAUCGCAGUGUGGGCGAUGACGAAGAAGGUAUAGAUCUCACUGGCGAUAACUCGCAUCAUCGUCACAAGCAUAAGAAACAUAAACAGCACCACCGAGAACGCCAUCACAAACAAGCAAAUGAAAAGGAGUCCGACCAGCGAAGCGAAGUGAUUGCCGUUCCGGAAAGCGAUUCCGACAGUUCCGAUUGCGUGGAAGUGCCACUGGACACAAAUGAAAAUCGUAAAAGCAGGAGCAGAGAUCCGGUGGCCCCGCCACCUCCUCAAUUAUCUAAGUACGCCGAAUAUGAAAAGGAACGCCUAAAGAGGAAAAGGGAACAUUCCAGACAGCGCUUCGACAGGGACACAAAAGAAUACGAAGAUCGCAAUGAACGCGAACAUUCAAACAAAUACGAUGAUUAUGAAGAGGAACGGGAGAGAGCCAAACGUUAUCAUGAUUAUCACUCGGACCAUCGGAGUGAACGUGAGGUGAGAGAAUACGAGUAUGAACAACAUGAAGAAAAGCGUUCAAAACGCCCUAGACGUGAAUAUUAUAGCAAACAGGACCGUCCAGAGAUAUCUGAACAUAACUCUACCGAACGCGAAAGUAGGAGUAGUGAACGCGAUCAUCAUUCUCGUUAUCGGAAUGAACGAUCAGAAAGGGAACGAGACGGGGCUAGAGGUCGUGAGCCUAAAGAACGGGAAUACUCACCUAUUCCUGAAAAUGGGGCCGGUGACUGUCUUUCAAUAGAAGAGACCAACAGAUUGCGAGCCAAGCUAGGUCUGAAACCACUUGAAGAAAACUCGGGCCCCAAACCAACUACCCCGGAGACAUCGGACGCUAAGAAGCGGACUGGAGGAAAAGAGCUCAAUUCGUACAAAGACGAAUGGGGUGAGUUUUUUCACAAACCGGCUGAUAAUCUCAAAGAAAAAGCUGAAGCAGAGAAAUUUCGUGAAAAACUUAAACAGCGUAAAGAAAAGCGUUUUCUGGAAACGCGCUUGGCUCACAUACGUACCUUGGGAGAGUCGGAUGAAGAGGUUGACGAUGUGUCUAAGUGGGUACAGCGUAAUAAACGCAUAGCUGACGAAAAGGAAGAGGCCGAUCGGAGGGCAAAAGCCUUAGAGGAAAUGGAUGCUGAAUUCGGAGUCGACGACUUGGUGGAAAAGGAACGUUCAGAAAUUCGACGAAAGUCUUACACAGAUAAACACCUUAAAGGUCUAAAAGUUGAUCAUGACGUGACUUCCUUUAGUGAAGGGAAGACUGUUAUUUUAACUCUAAAGGAUGCUGAUGUUCUAGACGAAAAGGUCGGGGAUACAUUAGUAAAUGUCAAUAUGUUGGACGAUGAACGUUAUCAGCAAAAUGUAGAGAACAAAAAGAACAACCCAUUAAACUAUGGGUACAAUGUAUACGAUGAGCAGUACGAUGAACUGGGCAACCCAAUCGAACGAAGCAUUCUAGAUAAAUAUGAUGAAGAUAUCGAUGGUAAGAAGCUCAAGACGAAAACGUUUGUAAUCGGUGAAAAUUUGGAAGAGGAACGUGAACGUCAACGUAAAUUGCUCAAAAUUAAAACGAAAUUAGCUGGUAAACGUUUAGAAACAUUGGCUGAUGCGCAGAUAACUUUGGCUUCUGAUAUCUUGACGGAAUCGGAAAUGGUUAGAUUUAAAAAGCCUAAGAAAAAAAUUAAAAAGCUACGCCAAAAAUUGAAAGCUGAUGACUUGGCGCCCUUAGCUGAUGGGCCGCUCGGUCGACAUUUGGGCAAUCGCAUUGCUCGUCGGCAUAGUUCCGAUACUGAAGACAAUCCCAUGAAUAAAGCAGCUAACGAAGCAGUAGAUUUAAAGAUCGAGGAAGACGAUGAUGACUUGGAGCGUAUCCUGGCUAAGGCCAGAAAAGUGAAGCAAAAGGAAAACAUAAUUAAGAAGUCUUUGCCGAUUGAUGCAGAUCUGCUGAAAGCAGAAAUUAAAACGGAGACAAAUAAUGAUGAUGGCCAGACGUCUGAUGAGCAGGGAAAAGAUGGUCAUAUUGUAUUAAAUGCCACCGCUGAAUUUUGCAGAACAUUAGGUGAUAUUCCAACAUACGGUAUGUCAGGAAAUCGCGAGGAAGCCUCUAAUGAUCUAAUGGACUUUGAGGUGCACGAGGCAGUUGAUGAGCGUAUAGGUGGUGCAACAAAUGAACCAGAAUCAAAUCACGGUACUUGGAAUUCUGUAGAUCCGGAUGAGGUGAUGCAACCAGCUGACUUGGAUAAUAUAGUUGAUGAGGUUGAGGAAGUUGCGAUUUUAGAUGAAGAACCGGAUGUAGGAGCGGGCGUGGCAAAUGCUCUGCGGUUAGCUUUAUCUAAAGGUUACUUGGAAAAGGAAGAAAAAAAUCGACCAAGUAAUUCUAAAAUGGCUCAUCUCCAAGCAAAAAAUUACUCCAUUGAAGAUAAAACCACGGGAGAUGAUGAGAAAUUUGGACGAAGGGAUCGCUUUCACACAGGUCCUAUCGUAGAUUUUCGAGAUAAGGAUAAUUUUAAGCCCAACAUAAAGCUGGAAUACAUUGACGAUAACGGACGUAUUUUAAAUUUGAAAGAAGCUUUUCGUUAUUUAUCGCAUAAAUUUCAUGGCAAAGGUCCGGGCAAGAAUAAGAUUGAGAAGCGCUUGAAGAAAAUGGAACAAGAAGGGUUGAUGAAAACUAUGAGCUCUACGGACACGCCAUUGGGCACAUUGAAUAUGUUGCAACAAAAACAAAAGGAAACUAAAACCGCUUUUGUUGUACUGAGCGGUGGUAAGCAAACGGCUGCCGCGGCCGCCGCCGGCACUUCAAUUUCGAAGUUUAAGUAAACUUGCAAAGCAAACAUGUACACCUCCUCGACAACUAUUUCCGGAAUUUUUAAAAGGAACACACAAUUGAUUUC